AUGGAACAUAAAGGUUUUCUAAUAAAUUCGUCUACACUACAAUUUUACCAUCAUUUCUCUGAGUUGAAAAUGAGUGAUGGUGAUUUCAUUCCUGAAUAUAAACCAACCGAUAUCGCCAUCAAGUUAUCUAAUGAAUUUCAUCACACUUUUGGUACAGAAUGCAGUUUUGUAGUUCGAGCUCCUGGUCGAGUUAAUCUUAUUGGUGAACAUAUUGAUUAUAAUGGUUAUCCUGUACUACCGAUGGCGUUAGAACAAGCAGUUUAUAUGUCUGUAGGUCCAACAUCUGGAUCUGAUUUGGAUAGGAUCGUUCUUAGAAGCACAGAUACUCAAUACAGGCCUAUUAAAAUUCCGAUUACAGAAGCCAUAACAUUUGGUUGUGAAGGAUCGCCUGACUCGCCUGAGUGGUUUCAUUAUUUUCAGUGCGCGUAUCGAGGAAUAAAAGACUAUGUAGACAAGUUGAAUUUGGAUUGGACUCCUCCUAGUCUAAAUGUACUAGUUGGUGAUGUUGAAUAUGGUGGUUUAUGGCCAGCUGCUGGUCUUUCAAGCAGUAGCGCUUUCGUAGUUGCUUCUGCCAUAGCAAUUAUGCGAAUAUCUGGUUUACAAAUAAGUAGACAUGAAUUAGCAAGUUUAUGUGCGAAAUGUGAGCAAUAUAUUGGUAUGCAAGGUGGUGGAAUGGAUCAAGCUGCAAGUGUUCUAGCAGUUGAAAAUAAUGCUUUAAUGAUUGAGUUUACCAAACCAUUUGUCACAGUCAGUCCUAUUCAAUUACCGUCUGAUAUGGUUUUUGUGAUAGCUCAUUCGGGUGUACACGCUCGCAAAGCUGCUACAUCAUAUUAUAACGAACGUGUGGCAGAAUGUCGAUUAGCUGCUAAAAUAUUAGUUCGAAAUAGCCCGCAUAUAACUGAACCUUCUAAUUAUUCAUCCAUUACACCCUUAUGUCUCAGUGAUGCACAAAAGUUGUGGAAAGCAGUUUCACCUGAUGAAAUGAUACGCAUUCAAAAGGAUGGAUUAUCAAUUGUAACUAGAUAUCUACCAACUGGUAUUACUAGUCGAGAAAAUCUCUGUAAUUUAGGCUUGACUAGUCCAAUUAUUGAAGGGUGCUUAACAGAAAAUACUAAAACAAUGAACCACUUUUAUUUAAGAGAUCGUGCAGAACAUGUAUACUCUGAGGCUGAACGGGUUUUUAAAUUUUACAAUAUAUGCAAAAAGAUAUUUAGUAAUAGUGAUUCACAAACGAAUUCAAAUAAUUAUAUGCAGUUGUUAGGAGAUUUAAUGAAUCAAAGUCAAUUAUCUUGUGCCAAUCUUUAUCAGUGUUCUUGUCGUGAAUUGGAUAAAUUAAUAAGCGUUUGCAGAUCAGCUGGUGCUUUCGGUAGUCGUCUAACUGGAGCAGGUUGGGGUGGUUGCACCGUAUCACUAGUGAAAAAAUCUUAUGCGGAACAAUUCAUUGCAAAAGUGCGCGAAGAAUUCUAUAAUGUGAUUGGUGCUGGCAGUAACAACGACUUGAUAUUCGUUAGUCAACCGGGUCGUCCAGCUGGAAUAAUGGUUAUUCAAUGA